GGUUCUAGUUGCAUGUGGAAGGCAGCACUUUGAGGCGCUAUGGCCACGGCUCAGCUCUCACAUACUGGACAGAAGCAUAAAACCUCCAAGGAAUCAGUGUUGUUUCCACACAAAAUUGCCAUUGACCAGCAGUCCAUGGUGCUGGUGAAAAGGCUUUUGGCCAUCUCUGUCUCCUGUAUAACGUACCUAAGAGGGCUCUUCCCAGAGAGCUCAUAUGGAACUCGCUAUUUAGAUGACCUCUGUCUAAAAAUCCUUCGGGAAGAUAAAAGCUGCCUGGGGUCACUGCAGAUAGUCAAGUGGAUUCAGGGCUGUUUUGAUGCUUUGGAAAAGAACUAUUUACAUAUGGCUGUCCUGGCAAUUUACACCAAUCCCAAGGAGCCACAGAGGGUGACUGAGCUGUAUCAGUUCAAAUUCAAGUAUACAAAGGACGGUCCCCAGAUGGAUAUCGUCAGCACCAAAAUGAGCUUUGCAAAGGGGGUGAGCAGUGAAGAGAUUAAGAAAGGCAGCAUCCUGCUGAUUCGUAAGCUGUACCUCUUAAUGCAGAACCUCGGGCCCCUUCCCAAUGACAUUACCCUCACCAUGAAACUCUUCUACUACAAUGAUGUAACUCCUGAUGAUUACCAGCCCCCUGGCUUUAAGGAAGACAGCAGCCCAGAUAACUUGUUGUUUGAUGGAGACCCUGUCAACCUGAAAGUUGGGUCCAUAUCCACUGGGUUUCAUAUCCUGAAAGUAAGAUUGACAACUGAGAGCAAGAGGAUGAGGACUUUGGGAAGCAGCCUGAUCCAGGAGAAUGGCCCUACUGAGAUCUCUCAUCAAGGGUUAGAUUGUGACGAAGAAGAGAGUAGUACCAAGGUGGUCUCCACCUACCACAUGGGUCAGGAUAUCUUCCUGACGGUGCUCUGUCCCAAGCCCCAUGCAUCCAGUGAGGAGCACCGCCUCCACAUGCUGGAUGUGAGACGGGCUCUGGCCUUUUACCUGGAACAUGCAAAGCCAUUCAGGAAGUCCUCGCAGCUGUUCAUUGCCUCAGCCGAACACAUGAGAAGUCGGCCAAUCUCCACUCAGUGGCUCUCCAACUGGAUCACCUUGUGUAUUCGUACCUGUUACGACCUGGUGGGAGUCCCCCCGCUGCCGAUUGCAAGGAAGCUGCAGCUCCACAUCCACACCCAGGAGCGACCCUGUGGCCCAGAGAGUGGGUGA